AUGGCUCGCGUCGCAGCCCAAAAGACGGCACUGCCGCACAAUCAUCCGCUCCACCGACCGCUCAAGAAGCGACAGGCUGAGGCAUGCCAGCGUAUACAUGCUCUCUGGGGGGUAUGGCCGUGGGAGCUGCUCAUCCCCGUCGCCAUGUAUGAGAGAUCCAGUAGCAGCAACACGACGACAUCCUCCUCCUCCAAGAGCCCCCACCAGUACGACCUCGAACAUCCGCAGGACUGGUCCGACAACAUCCUCGACACGUUGCGCAAGCUCGCCCUCAGCACCACGCUGCAACACGCCAUUGUCCGGAUAGGCUACCACGCGGCCCUGCUCAAGGUCAGCAGGCUGUCUGUGCGCCUUGCAAAGGCCGUCACGACAGAGUGCGAGGUCGAGCGGGAGCGCACCCCACCAAACCCCAAGGCUGGCUCGGGCCCCAUUGUCAACCGCCGCAACAAGAAGAGCUCGCUCAGCGCUGCAGGCUCUCCAGAAGGCCCAGAGGCCGCACCCAGAGAGUCGAGAGCCGGCGUCACGGGCCUCCGGCAUGGCUCGGACCCUUCGAGAAGCCUGCCCAGCAUGCCACUGAGCUCGAGACGCAGAACGGACCCGGAGACAAUGGUCAUGCAUUUGAUGUCGCCACGGUCGUCUACGCCGCCAUCUGAAGGCGGAGCGAGGUCGCCAGACGCACGAGGGCUGUACUCGGGCAGCAUGACGGACCGGUAUCAGCAGCAGCAGCAGCAGCAGCACAGGCACAGCGUGGCACAGCAUGACGCUUCACCACCAAGAGGCAGCUAUCGUGACUGGCCGGGCCUUGUUCUGCCAAACCUGCACGAGGCGGGCCUUCAGCACAAGCCGCAUUCAGGGCCUCGCCAGCCAGCUCUCUCCCCAAUAACAACAACAGCAACAGGCCUUACUACACCUCUGUCUGAAGAUGGACCACCAGGCAGCCAUCCGGGGCAGAUCGUACCAAGAAGCAGCCCUUUUGCCUUUUCAAAAUGCAGUCCCACAUCGCCGCGGCAGAUGACGACCGUGGACGACCUUCGCAAGCGCAAGACGAGCCCGACAAUACGGGACGCCCAAGCCAGCGGGCUCGACAACUCUGUCAACAACCUCCACCUCGACUGCCCUUCCUCACGCCACCACCUCUCGCGUCAAGAGCAGCACGCGGUUGAGCACACCCUGGUGAAGCGGCAGAAACGGACACUGCUGCCGGGCUUUGUGCAGCUCCCCGCUCCACGCGUAGAGCUCACGCCGCCGACUUCUCCCACCUCGCCAUCGUCACUGCCCUCGCUCCAGCUCCCAGCCAUCAUGAGAUCCUCGUCCACGUCCCCUUCGCUGUCCUCCCCACCCUCCUCGGCGACGACAGUGACUUCAUCAUCCUUCUCCUCCUCCUCCUCCUGUUCCACCCCUUCCUAUCCAGCAUACACGGCCGCGGCCGCAGCAAUAGCCACCUUGCAACGCGCCCACUCCAUGGAGUCGCACAAGACCCAGCACCACCCCGAGAUCGCGCGGCCCCAGCUUCCGCCGAUCAAGACAUCAUCUUCAUCAUCACUAGAGCCGCAAGAGGCUGUGCGGCUCCCGCCGAUGCUGCCCUCCGGCGCCGCCGCCCACCAGCGGCACCACUCGUACCACUGCCCGAGCACGCAGACCGCGAAGCGCACGUCGCCUCCAGCGCCAUCACCCUCGUCCCUGCCGUCCCUGACCAGGCCUCCGCUGCCCGGCCGGAGCGUGUCGUCCUAUGCAAGCACGACGCUGCCUUCGGGGUCAGACGGGAGGAUGAACUUGGCGUUCCUCAUAUGA